AUGGUCUUGCUCAUUUCGGUAUUCCUGAUUAGCACCAUAGUUCUGGCAGCUGCCGACACGCCACCGACACCGCCUGGCUAUGUCGAUGGACCAAAAAUUGCCAGUGAUUGUGCCAAAACACACAAACUUCCCAUGAAAGAAGCCGCUGAUAUCAUAAUGAAAUACAAAAUCAAAAACAAAACGGCAAAUGUCAAGUGCUUUUUACAGUGUUACUUGGACAAAUCAAAGGCCAUGGAUAAAAUAAGGGAAAGACUGGAAAAAUUAAAACACAAGCACAACUGCGAUUCCAUCAAGAAUAACGAUAAGUGCGUGGAGUCCUUUGAGAAGUUCGAAUGUUUCAUUAAAAUCGAAGAAAAUGUUCGAGGACUGAAAAAAGGAUAAAUAUCCUGUUUAAGAAGUCCAAAUGCUUCAUUGAAUUGGACAUCAGAAGCCAAUAGAAAUUAAUGUUAAUGCAACAAGUAAAAUAUAUAUUUUUCUGUGCUUCUA